UCUUUGCUUUGAGCUUUGACCAGACCAACUCGUACAAACUUUGCUGCACACCAGCAAGUGAGAGCGGCAGGUAAUACAGGUGUCAGCAUAAGAGUCUUUACAUUUUCACCAAAAUCAUGUCAUUGUCGAGCGGUGAGAUUGACAGUCAUCAUUCUGACCAGGAGCUGGAGAAAACAGGAGUUUCUCAUUCAAAACCUCCAUUAAAGCCUAAACCAGUCAUUCCACCUCACCUCAGAAACUCACUUCUCCAGUCACAGAGUCACAAUGCUGCCACAAAAAAUACUUUACCAACACAAGACCCUUGUCCCACCUCACCUCCCCCUGAUCUUCCAUCAGCAGUAAAGCUUUCCCAACUCACUGGACCUUUACCUUAUGGAACCAGAAGACCCUCCCUUAAACGAUGGACAUCUAUAGGGGAAAGAGAAAUGAGUCAAGAGAGUUCUUUAUCACCCUUGCAAAGUCCAAUUAUUGACGUGACUUCCAAAACUGUUACAAACAUACUACCAACACUUCCUAAGCCACUUCUUACUGGCACACCUUGGAAAGGAAGAAGUCCUUUCAUGCUAACAUCACGUGGUUGGGGGCAACAAGGAAAAGAUAUCCAUGAGAGAGACUCAGCACCCAAGAGGCACAGUUCUAGCUUUGAGAGUAAAGAUGAAAUUCAAGAGAGUACAGAGACAGUUUCCUUGCAAGAAGAGCGUAUAUGUGUUUCUUCUGAUAGCAAUAAAGAAGCUACUUCUGUAAGUGAGGCAAAAGUAAUCCUUCAGCACGGACAAAAGGUACAACAAUAUCCAGAAGAUAUGAAAAAAUCUACAUCAGAAUUUAUUCUAGAAACUGAGGGACAGAAUAAUAAAACACAAAGAUUCACUGAAAGUUUGUCAUCUGAAGCAAGGCUCAUAUCUGAAGUGAGCAAUGAGAAUCAUGGACUUAAAGAGGCAGACGUAGAAUUUUCAGAAACCAAGGCCUUUGAAAUAGUUGGUGCACUUUUACCAUCUAGCAGUUAUGAAGGUGUUAAGGACAAUAUUUCAGAACAGAUGAUCUUUGCUGCACCGCCUAUUUCUGUUAAUGCUCCAGUCUCUAACACAAAGAGUUGCGAAGAGAACAAAAAUGUGUCAUUGGAAUCUCAGGUUACUCCAGUGGUUGAUGUUCAGUUUCCAACGUAUCAUAUGAAAAAAAAUGAGAGUCGUAGCAAAUGUGUAGAUAACUUGAUUGGGGAAGCCAUAGAAUCACCAAAUAUUUUCACUGAUGUGCCUCAGUCUGCAUCUCCCAUGAAAAAAGAGCAGGACCAAAUGCAGAACUAUGUUGUUCAAGAGGAAAGCUUGAAAGGUAGAAUUGAGCUGGACAGCUCUGAACAAUAUUUACAGGAUGGUGAUAUGGCAGUUCACCAGCAUGAGCAAGAAAAGCAAAUGGAAUGGCAUACAGAAGAUCAAGUUAUCACCAUGAAACAGCCACAGGAUAGUAUAAUUGAUCUGAAGGACCAUGAGGUAGAAUGCUUGCCUCUGCAUACAAGAACAGACUGGAGGGCUCUUGAUCUUCCAUCUGUCCAUUUAGAGACUCCAAAUUUGAAUAAUCUUGUGAGUGAUUCAUUUGAAGAAGAACAAAGAGAUUCAUACACAAAUCAUCUAGAUUUAUCCAAGCAUUCUCAACAUGAUGUUAGCAGCAGUGUGUCUAUAAUCAAGGAAGGGCUACAAGGUGAAAAGCAGAUGGAUUGUGGAAUUGUACCGCCAGAAGGAUGGAUCAACCAAGAGCGGAGUACCACAUACAUUACAAGUAAUUUGGAGCCAUCUUUUGUUACAAGUAUAUCUGUAAAUGAGGGAGGAGCCAAGGAAAAUAAUAUAAACACAGAUGAAAAGAAAGUUGAAGAGAAAGAAAAAAGUGAACACCCCAAUAAUGAACCCAAAGUUGAUGAAAUUGACACAUUGUUUAAAGUCUCAGAUCAAGACAAUGUUGAUUAUUAUGGAAAUGAGUUACCUACAUCUCCCAGUGCCUCUGCUGUAACUGAUUUGUCUAAAAAAGGCAUAGACCAUUAUGCAAAUGUAAGAGAGCAGUCAGAACAUGAUAUUGAAAAAGUAUCUGAGGUACAUGCGGAUAAUCGUCAUGAUUUGAUGGAGGGACAGCCUACAGAUUAUGCAAAUAUGGAACCUGUGGUUUACACAGUAAUACAGCAUGAGGCACAAGAUCCCCUAGAUCACUUAUACACCAACCAUGGUGCAAAAACACAACACGAGAAGUACAUAGAAAAAGAGCCUGCACAGGUUGAGACACGGACAGAUGAGAGAGUGGACUUUGAUGAUGAGGAAAAUAAUUAUGUUGAUCAUAAAGAUGUGGAACCUGUGCACCGGACCAUGAAGCAGGGAGAAGAUUUGUCAGGACAGCAUGAGAUUCACACAGAAAUGGAUAAUGAAGAACAUGUGACUUCCAAAACGAAACAAGAACCAAUAAUUUGUAGUUCAGAACUGAUAUCAGAAAAUAUACUGAGCAAAUCUGCCCCUUUCUCUACAAAUGUGUAUGAUCACAGCAACACAAGCUCUGAUGUUGGUCAGAAAUUUGCAAAGGAAAUUUAUGAUUCAACUAUAUUUGUUGAAAAAGAACCACCAACAUAUUUUGACACUACAUCAGAUGUCAGGGAACAUAAAUAUGUUACACUUUCAGAGGAGCAACAGUACAGACUAGAAACACAAUCAAAAGACCAGGAUAACAGGCAUUCUCAGCCAGGAAAAAUACACUAUGAUAUUACUCAGUGUGAGGAGCCACUCCACAGAUCAAUUCAAUUAGAGGAGCUGUGUAACUUAACAUCCAUUUCUGAUGAAUUCCUGCAAGCAGAUUUUAGAUCAGAUGAAAUAGAACAUGGGGAUGCCCAGUCAACUAAUCCAAAAAUAACCCAAUGCACGCAUUCUGAAGUUGACAACUCACAAAUUAUAGAAGGAAGACAACUUAGAUAUUCUGAAUUGAACCUCACACACUUACAUUUUGAUACAGAUACACCACAGAGCAGAGAGAGUGACUUGGAAGGAACCUACUCUAAAUAUAUGGAAUCUGAAAAGCCAGACGUCAUACACGGUGAAUCAGAGGGACCACAUUGCGAAUUCAAACCAUAUGAAACAGAUAGUGAACAAUGGGAGCCACAAAAUAGGGAUACACAAUCAGAGAUAACUUCUCUCAAUAAAGAUCAUCUUGAGCAUCCACAAGACAGAUACAUGAAGCCAGACAAGUCGUCAAUAUUAGAUUAUGAACCAGUGGAAUCAUUGACUAGAAACACGGAUUUACAAGUACCACAGAACCAAAUUGUACUGCAGCAGAGUGACAUGCAACCAGAAGAUCUGCAUUACACUGAUAUACAACUUCAGCACAGGAAUACUGAGUUAGAGACAGUGCCGCACAUAGACAACCAAACACAAGAGGUGCAAAGUAGAGAUUACCAAUCACAGGUAAUACAACAUAUUGAAGACCAUUUACAAGUGCAGUGUAGUGAUGACCAUUCACUUGAAGUGCAAGAUUGUGAUGAUCUUUCACGGGAAGUGAAUAACAAACCACAGGAGCAGCAACAGCAUGAAACAGAUUCACAGGAAGGGAAGCCUUGCAAUACAAUGAAUUCACAUGAUGUCAAGAGCGACGAUACCAAAUCACAAGAACUGAAUACAGCUGUUCAUUUGAAAACAUUAGAGAACCUUCAUUCAGAAGAGUUGCAAGACAAAGAGGAAAGCCAAAAAGAUUCAGAAAAGUCACAACAAUUAGGUAUUGAAUCAGGAGAAGCACACCAUAAAAAGACUGAAUCCGAAGGCUCACAAAAUGAGAUACAACGCCUGGAAAAGGAAGAUGAAGAAGACCAGUCAGAAUGUACUCAACCAUAUGAUUUUGGAUUUUUAGAGGGUACAGAGGUGUUGGAUACAGCCUUCAUGAGAUGUAGAGCUUCUUUGGGUAAAAAAAGGUGCCAUCGCACUCCACCACAGUUACCUUGUACCAAUGAAGAAAAUAUUGAUCCAGAAUACUGGCUUUUUAGAGAUUCCACAGAAAAUUGCCCUGAGAAAGAGUCAGACAGUGAAGAGAAAGAGGAGACAUCUCCAGAGGGUUCACCUGCAGCUGAGAUACCUGUCACCUCUCCUAGGAAGUCUCAUACUAAGAAGGGUGGAAUUUUUGCUGGGAUCAUUAAUCCUAAUCUCCUGAAGGGUCGUCUAAAGACUCGUAAUAAGCAAGCAGAUGCUGAAGCUGACAAAAAGGAGCCAGAAGAUCCAAAUCUGUCACCAAAGUCUUGCACCUCACCAGAGAAAGAGGGGCAUUCUCUAAACUGGCUAAGUGCUUUGAAAAAAAAGAAGAAGAAGACACCAAAGUAACGUUGAAUCGCUCACAAACUACAAUAGGGUCUUUUCAAGCUUGUUCCUCGUCUGAAUUCUCAUACUUAUUUCUCUUACUUGUGAAUAAUUUUAUCUGUUUACUGUCUCAUAAUAUAAUGUGGUAAUCUUUGCAAGAGUUUAGACACAACAAAAUUUAGAGAACCCAGCUUGGAACACUUUACCUACAUUGUUUCUUUCAAUACUUGGCUUUUGCACUUUGCAUUUGUACAUGAAUGUAAUAGUUUAUUUUUGUUUAUUUUUUUUUAGUUUUUUUUUCUAAAAUUGAUUAUCCUUUUAUGCAAUAUCAUAUAAAAUAUUAUAUAAAAUA